UGUGUGUGUGUGUGUGUGUGUGUGUGUGUGUGUGUGUGUUUUCCCUUCCCUGCUACUUCUGACUUACACUUUUUUCCUCCUAAGGUUUGUCUUUGGAAAACAAAAGCUCUGACUUGGGUUUCAGAAAUAUGGCCAGGAAAAAAGAAAGCUGUAAAGCAAGCCUCUGAAGCAGCACCAGAACCGACCGCCUGGAGAGGAGCCAGAGAGCCGCAGCAGCAUGCUUCUGAUUUGACCCCUCCACUUAGCUUUAAGAAUACAUUAAUCCCAGCUGUCUGACGUCUUUCUGAACAAGACAUUUACCAGGGCCCAAGAUGUUUUACUUCAUCCAGAGGCUUUCUCAACCAUCUCCAAAGAUGUUUAAGUACACUUUUACGUUGGGAGUAGGAGCCAGCAGGAGAAUAGAAAAGCUUGCCCUGAAGUCAUCUCUGCAGCAGAACUUUUCCUCCUUAUUUUCGAGGUCUUGGUGUGUCUCCUCAUCAUUUCCGGUGUAUAUUAACAAGACACAAUGUUACCAUACAUCCCCUUGCAGCUUUAAGAAGGAGAAGCAAGCAGUACUCUCCCCGAGGCCAUCAAGUACCAUCACUUACCUGACUGACAGCCCCAAACCAGCAUUAUACAUAACUCUGGCAGGACUGAUCCCCUUUGUUGCUCCCCCACUGGUCAUGGUGAUGACAAAGACUUACAUUCCCACAUUAGCUUUAACACAGAUGGCUUAUGGAGCCAGUUUCCUAUCUUUCUUGGGAGGUGUCAGAUGGGGUUUUGCUCUGCCACAAGACAGUCCAGCCAAACCAGACUUCUUGAAUUUAGCUAAUAGUAUGGGUCCUGUUGUGUUUUCCUGGUUGGCCUUCCUUACUUUUGAAAGGCUCAAUGUAGCCAUAGUCACAGUCAUGAUAGGUUUGGGCAUGGCAUUACACGCUGAACUCUUUCUCCUGCCACAUUAUCCCAAGUGGUUCAGAGCCCUGAGGUUACUGGUUACGUUAGUGGCUUUUUUAUCAUUUUUAAUAACUUUAAUAGUUGAAAAUAUUUAUCCAGAGAAGGGACCCAAGAGAGCUGUUUAAAUAAAAGAAAUAUAAAACUACUUUGUUGAUAACAUUAGUGUAUUGUUAUAAGCCUUAUAAAGUUGUAUUUUGGCAUCA